CCCCCACCACUCUUGUCUUCCGGAUCUUGCCUCCCACCUUCCUCUCUCCUCACUCUAGGUCUCUAGCUUCUCUCUCUGACUCUCUCUCCUCUCGCCGGCCAUGGAUUGGUAUAUAUGGGAGCUCGCAGCACCCGGCAGAGUAGCUGUUGUUUACCACAGCACAGUGUACUUCUUUGAUCCCAUAUAUACAUACACACAGUGACUCUGAUCCGGCACACAGAAGACGACGACGACGUCCAUUGAUACCAUAGCUAGUGCUUGCUUAUUUGUAUCGAUACAGAAGAAUCUAUCUGCUAGCAUCUCCAUCAGUCGUAGCAGCAGAGAUCGUUGCGUCAUGGGUUCUUGGGUGCGAACCAUCACGUCGCCCUUCAGGAAGAUGCUGAACCCGCAGCGUGACGGCAAGAAGACGCCGCGCCACCAUCGCCACCACCACCAACAACGACACCAACAACAAUCUCCUUCUCCUUCUUCAUCAGCCAUGGAGCACAGCGGCGAGAUGGAGAGGUCGCAGCUCUACGGCGAGGUGAUGGCGUGCACGUACGAGGACGUGCAGGUCAUGUGGUCCAUGCUCGACAAGGCCAGGAUCUGCAGCGCCGCCGCCUCGUGACUGCCACGCACAAACCUUCAAACCCAUCCAUCCCAUCCGAUUCCGAUCCGUCCGUGCCCGUCCAUGGCGACGAGGCGGCGAGACGGGAUCGAUCCGGGCAAUCCACCAGUAUAUAUACUCCAACGCAGCCAUAUUAUUCUUCAUUGCAAAGCAAAAGCUCUUGGCGAGACAACUGCAGCUAUAUAUGUAUAUAUGCAUGCAGAUCGAUCGACUGCCGAGGCGGCAUGCAACAUCUUAUUAGUUCUGAAACUUUUUCCAGUUGGUUUUUGCAUUCUGUGGCUUGCAUAGCAUGUAUGGUUGAGUCUGAAUCCCCGUUGUUGGCACAGACACAUGGAUAGGAUCAUGGUGUGUGUAUGUGCCAUCUUGGAGAGAUUUAGUGACUGUACCACAACACAACAUUAGUUUUUGUUGUUGCUUUUGAGGCCAUCAUGUUGUGCUUUAUUUUGCUCAUAUUCUUUAUCUCUCAUGUCAGAGAUGCAUGCAUCUGUAUUCGUCAUCCGAUACAUACAUGCAUGUGUCGUAUUUCUGGAGAUCUGAACUGGUUGCAGUUCUGUACUAACUUUAUUGGUUCA